AUGAAUUGUAAAGCUUUGAUGAAUCAAAAUGAGCACAUCCAAUCAAUUUUGCACAAACAGUCAAAGCAAAUGCGAAGUGAUUAUCGUAUCUGUCUCACUGCUUCGAUUGAUUGUAUUAGAGUUCUGUUACGACAAGGGAAUUCAUUUCGGGGUCAUGAUGAGACUGAAGGUUCUCUUAAUCCAGGUAACUUUCUUAUUCAACUGGAGUUUUUAGGUGCUCAUAAUAAAGAGAUUAAUGACGUGAUAUUGAAAAAUGCUCCUAAAAAUUGCAAGUUAACAUCACCGGAUAUUCAGAAGGAUAUAGUAAGGGCUUGUGCAAUUGAAACAAUUAAUAUUAUUAUCAAAGAUAUUGGUAAUUCAUUAUUCUCUAUUUUAGUUGAUGAAUCUCGUGAUGUGUCAAUGAAGGAGCAAAUGUCAGUUGUUUUGCGCUAUGUGGAUAGUAGUGGGCAUAUAAAUGAGCGUUUUAUUGGAAUUGAACAUGUUUCUAGUACUACAGCACUCUCACUUAAAGAUGCUAUUGAUAAGAUGUUCGCUAAAUAUAAUUUGAGCAUAUCUAAUGUGAGAGGACAAGGUUUUGAUGGAGCAAGUAAUAUGCAAGGUAAAUUUAAUGGUCUAAAAGCACUCAUUUUAAAGGAGAACCCAUGUGCAUUUUACAUACAUUGUUUUGCCCAUCAGCUUCAACUAGCUCUUAUAGCCGUGGCCAAGAAAAAUCUUCCAAUUUCUAAUUUCUUUCGUAUUGUUAGUGAUGUGGUAAAUGUUGUUGGAUCAUCCUGCAAACGUUCUGAUCUUCUUAAGGAGAAACAUUCAGAUUUUAUUGUUGAGGAACUAGAGAGGGGUGAAAUUUCAAGUGGUCGAGGGCUUAAUCAAGAAACUACCCUUCAACGUACUGGGGAUACACGUUGGGGGUCACAUUACAAUUCUUUGAACACUUUGAUUUCUAUGUUCUCUGCUGUCAGUGAUGUGCUUGAAAUGAUUUCAGAAGAUGAUUCCAGUUCUCCUGAUCAAAAAACUGAGACAUUUAAUUUAUUGGAGUCAAUACUUUCAUUUGAUUUUGCAUUCAAUCUACACUUGAUGAAACAUGUCUUAGGGAUUUCGAGUGAAUUGUCGACGGCAUUACAAAAGAAAGACCAGGAUAUUGUAAAUGCAAUGGAUUUGCUAUAUUUCUAUACAGAUUUCAUCAAUGUGGAUGGUAUUGGCUUGAUGCUUGAAAAUUAUGAACAACUUUUGAGUGUAUCUUAUAACCAAGAAUCUUUUUGA